AGAGAGAGAGCUCCUCAGCCAGUAGAGGAAAAAAUUGAAGUGUUUUCGGAUGAGCGCGCGACAGACGCGUACAAAUUGCAUCAAAUUUCCAGUUAAAAUCGCGCCGUUUAGUGUGAAAACAGUGUGAAUCGUUAAACAAUUGCAUGCUGCACCGGUGGAAAUAGUUUUCGUUUGGUUUUGUGUGCCUAAAAUGGCAAAAAUUGUGUUUCGAUACGGUCGGGCGCCAAGCGUCCUACUUUCGGUGGAAAAGUGCUGAAAACAAUCGAAAUCGGAUACGGACCCCAGGGGAAAGUGUGAAUUGGGCGUGGAUCGUGCCGGAAUACAGUGAUUCGGUGCAAACGGAAGCGAGAAAAGCAGAAAUUCCUUCGAGUUUUAAUUGAAGUACUGACUACCAAGUGCAACCAGACACACCACUAUGUUCUACGCCCACAUCGUGCUGGCCAAGAAGGGCCCGCUGGCCCGGAUCUGGUUGGCGGCCCAUUGGGACAAGAAGAUCACCAAGGCGCACGUCUUCGAGACGAACAUCGAGCAGUCCGUCGACGGCAUCAUGCAGCCCAAGGUGAAGCUGGCCCUGCGAACUUCGGGCCACUUGCUGCUCGGUGUCGUGCGGAUCUACGCCCGCAAGGCCAAGUACCUGCUGGCCGACUGUAACGAGGCGUUCGUCAAGAUUAAGAUGGCGUUCCGUCCGGGAAUGGUCGAUCUGCCGGAGGAGCACCGGGAGGCCGCGGUCAAUGCGAUUACGCUGCCGGAGGUGUUCCACGACUUUGAUACGCCGCUGCCGGAGCUGAACGACGUGGACAUUGAGGCGCACUUUUCGAUCAACCAGUCGCGCGCGGACGAGAUUACGAUGCGCGAGGAUUACGGCACGCUGCCGAUGAACAUCCACGACGACGGGUUCGGUGAUAUGGGAUUUGACGACACGCCGGACAUUGUGCGCGACCGGAUCGAGGAACCGAUGGAGCAACUGGACAUUGAGCCAGAGGUGCCCGAUCCGGAGACGGGCGCGGCCGCCACCACCACCGGCAGGGAAUCGCUAACACUGACCGAGAGCAGGGCCAGGACACCGGCGGAACUGCUGCCGGAUGAUUCGGUGGCGGAACCGGGUUCCCAAAAAACGGACCACAGGAGGGGUCAUCCGCCGCUGCGGGGCCGGGCCAAAAGUCUGUACGAAGAGCUCGCCGAGCAGCCGGCGCAGGAUACCCGGUGGAACGAGUAUCUUGACGACCUCUUCACCGAUCCCGUCGCACCGCCGCCCGACCUCGAGCAGGAGAAGGAACCCCUGCCGGGGACGUCCCGCACGUCCGUGCUCGACUCGUUCGAUCCCCAUCAUCCGCACGCGGUGGACAAUGACGGAUUCGGCGACGAGGGUGACUUUGGAGCGGAACCGGCGGCGGGCCUGUUCGAGGGUGAUAUCUUUGCGGACGCACCGUUGGCUCCGGAACCGGAGCUGCCGGCCGCGCCAACCGGCCAGCAGAGCCAGGUGGACAGCGAUGAUGACGAUGACGAUCACUUUGACGUGGGAGGAGCGCCAUCGCCGGCACCGAGUUCGGACGGGUCGCGGCCACCGUCGCCGAUUAUGACGCAGCAGCUGUUGGACGAUUUGGCCCAACCGGGGACCAGCCAGGAUGGGUUGGCGAAGGUGACGAGUGCUGCUGCUGCUGCUGUUGCUGUGGGUGAAGAAGCUUCAAUGGAUGUUUCUGUGCCGAUGGUGACGGACGUGGAACCGGAAGUUAGUGGAGAGCGAAGGGCGGAACGGACGGAAGAGGAACCGCCAGGGGAGGAAGGUUUCGGAGAGGAACUGGAUGGAAAUGCGGAGCAGACCACGUUGCUGCAGAACGAGGAGGAGAGUUUUGCGUUGGCGCCUGUUGAUGCGAGUGCGUUGAAGGGCGUAACGAAGAGCAAACGCAAGCGGAAACUUAUCGUGGACGAGGUGAAGAACAUCAGCGGCGAGGAGAUGAAGAGUCAGCUGGCGAACACGUCGGAUAUUGUGACGACGCUGGAUUUGGCCCCGCCGACCAAGCGACUCAUGUACUGGAAGGAAACCGGUGGCGUGGAAAAGUUGUUUGCCCUGCCAUCGCGGGACAUUCCGGCGCGGUGCAUGUUCAAGAACUACCAGCGGCACUUGACUUCGAAGUCGAUCGGAAUCGAAGACUUCUCCGUGUUGGGUCCGUUGGACGUGUUGGGAGUUGAGCAGCAGCAGCCGGAACGACCGGAAUCACCGGUUGCGCCACGACGAGGCAGAAAGCGAAAGGUCGCACCGGAGUACUUCGCGCCGGAAACGCCCGCCACUCCGAUGAUGCCGAUGACACCCGCCACACCUGCCCAUCUGGAUCAGACCUCGGUAGAUCAGAUGCGAGAAGCGGCGGAGAUGCCUCCACCAACGCCGAUGUCGAUGGAACUGCGCGACCAGGAAAUGUGCCCGGACGUGAGCCAGAGUUUUCACCAUCCGGACGGAAGCAUGAUGCCACCACCGGCCACGCCUGGUCUGAGCCAUAUUGGCAGUCCCAAUCAAACCCCGCUGAACAUGGGAAUGCACACGCCUCAGAUGAUGCCUCCUACCCCGGGAAUGCCCAGCAUACCAAUGACGCCGGGAAAUCUCGACCACGGUGGCCUCACUCCUGCCGGUUUGGCCCACGGUGGUCUAACACCCGGAGAUCUCCACCACGGUGGAAUGACCCCAGCAGGACUGCAGCACGGAGGAAUGACCCCUGCCGGAUUGCAGCACGGUGACUCGGGCCACGUCAUGCCUGACCUGCCCGGUGCCAUGACCCCGCACGGACUCGACCACGGCGGAAUGACGCCGCACCACUCCAGCUUGGAAAACAUCGACCAAAUCCCCAACCUCCCCGCGGACCAGGUCUCGUCAAUCCUCAACGAACCGGGCAUGGAGAACUUCUCCAACAUGGGCUUCGACGGCCACGCCGCCUCGCCGGCACGUGGCGUCCUCAACGAGGACGUGCAGAACGAGUGGAACCAGGACUACGAGUUCCCGGCGUCCGUUGAGGGGCAACAAGCCACCGACGAGCAGCAGGUGGACGAAACGAUCGAGCAGUUCGAGGAGCGCGUGCUGAACAAGCGCGCAGCCCAGCUGUUUGUGUCCGUGCGGUCACGCCUCCUCAAGACCGACGAGAUGGUCCUGUCCGACAUGACGCACCGGAACAACAAGAAGCAGGCCGCCCAAAAGUUCUACUCGCUGCUGGUGCUGAAAAAGUUCAAAGCGCUCGAAAUCACGCAGACGCAACCGUACGCGGACAUUACCAUCACGCGGGGUCCGCUGUUUGAGAAUCCAAAGCUGUAAGACGACGGAACGGAAACGAGAGAAAGAGAGAGAGAGUUGCUGGUUGAUUCUGUUUGACAGAGAUUAGAAGCUAGGAAUAAAACACAAACACACACACGCGAGCGUCGCUGCUUGUGCAUUUUAUACAUUGCAUAAUUUUUAAAUCCCCCCCUCGUUAUUAUCAUUGAACUCUGAACAAUUUUGAUUACGUGUAAAUAGGACAAACUGGAAAAAUUGCCGAGUUGGUCCAUUUCUUUGAAAUCUACCAACUCGGCGACACGGUUUAGUAAGCUUCAUUGAUUGUUGUUAUUAUGUGUAGAGAAAAAAGCUUAUCACACGAGCUCUAAUUUAUUACGAUUCAUUGACGAAUGACGACGGAUCAAGCAGAGAGCAAAACAGAAUAAAAAAUGUCCCUCUCAAACUUUUAUGUAAAUACGCUAUUUGCUUAUAAUUUCUCUGCGCCCAGCGAAUGAAAUUGUGCGGUAGCAGUUGUACUAACAAACAAACAAAACAAAACAGUGUAGCUGGUAAGUAUCAGUAAGUAAUCCGUAAUUAGAGAAAACCUCAUCGAUCCGGCGACGAAAGAACGUUCAGCACGGUUUGCGUCUUUAUUUUAAUGUUUCGAAAUAAAGACACAAACUGGUCGGUGCUUUCGCAGCUAGGAGUAUUUACGACAAGUGUUUCAAACGGAGCCUUGUUUCCGGGAUAAAAAAGUAAGAUUUUCAAGAGGCAGAAGAGACGCUGUGUAUUGUUUUUAAUGAUUAUUUUUUUAAAUGAUCUUUACUUUGAAAUCAUUUUAUUGCUUCAGGAAUUUACUUUGGUUCAACACACGUUAAAAACACAAAUUGUGGUAAAAUAGAAUAGGAAUCUAGAUGAUAAAAAAUGUAAAGAAAUAUAAAGUUGAAAUAAAGACAAAAUUACU